AUGUGGCUCUAUCGAGGGGCCCAGUCGGCCGUCUUCUACUACGCCACUUGCACCCCGUGUGCGAUGUCUGUCGACCGUCGGAAACGCAAAAAGGAAGCCGCCCGAUCGCAGCGUGAAAAGGAAAAACUCGAUGCCAUUGUCACCGACCAGCCACGCCCGUUCCCCCAGCCCACUGCGUUUCGCACCAAUCAAGGAUGGAAGGAAGAGAUCGCCCUCGGCCCGGGUCCUCCAGCACGACGCGGUGGUCACCGCAAUGCCCACCGACGGACGGAUAGUUGGAAGUCGGACGCACGGUCUGCAGAAGAUGUGGAUCGCACCGGAGGCCCGGCACAGAAGAAGGACAAGGGCGGUCUGAUGCAGCCGGUCAGCGAUCGGUGGAACCGCAUGCGAUAUCAGCGCGAAGACGAACCGCUCUGGGGUGAGGACGUGGAGGUGAAGGGUUCCUCGGUGGGAAUCUCCGGACAGGGUCGAACGCACGCCAAGGAGCCCAAGUACUACAUCGCUCGAGUUCCGCCCGUGAACGACCUCCACCCGCCCAUCGUCAGUGGACCGAAAAGCAGAGCCGAGACGCGAUGGAUGUUGCAACCGCCGCCCAGCGCGAGAGUCAUGGCUGGAAAAGAACGGACCAAUCCCUCGGCCCAGACGACGCAACCCCGCGAGAAGAAGGCCUCGCCGACUCCUCCGGGGAUGGCGCGGAACUACCAGCUCCCUCCUAUAUCUACGCAGACUUCCGUGAAGAAGAAAACAUUAAAACCCUCACCUACGUUGAUUUCUCCCAAUGAUGCCCAUACCCCGACCACCAGUAAAUCGAAACCGGAUGACCACCGAUCGGCUCGUUCGUCGUCCCCGACGGCGUCUGCCUACGGACGCGACGAGUCCAACUUUGUCGUUUCGCGGUCCCUCCACUCCCGAUGCGACUCUUCCAUGUUGAUGUCCUCUGAUUCCGAGAUGGAGUCGCCGCGAGUCUCCAUGCAUUCCCCGCAGACGCCCGUCUCCCGGCCCGGUUCGAAAGAGACCGACGGAAAACAUUUCCGACCGGCCAUUCUACCGCGGGACACCACCAGCAAGGUUCAGAUGCUCCAUGUGGAAAUCAACGAGCCUCACGACGAAGUCGGUUUAGGUCAGCUGGAACAAAUCCGGCCCUGGCGAUGGAGCAUGGAUGUAUGA